GGUGCCAUGGACAUUCUGAAAGGGGAGAUCAGCCGGAAGCGGCAGCAGCUGGAAGAGAAGGAGCUCGUGGGGGGAAAUAAGAAGUAUUUCAAACGCAGCGAGUUAGCUAAAAAAGAGGAGGAGGCUUACUUUCAGAGAUGUGGCUACAAGCCUGUAAAUGAGAAGCCACCUGGAGAGGUACAGCAGCAAGAGGAGGAGGAGAAACCACUGGCUUCAUCAAACCCAGUACUGGAACUUGAACUGGCAGAAGAAAAGUUACCAAUGACCCUUUCCAGACAGGAGGUUAUCAGGAGGUUACGAGAGAGAGGUGAGCCCAUCAGGCUGUUUGGGGAAACAGAUUAUGAUGCAUUUCAGCGUCUGAGGAAGAUAGAAAUCCUUGCACCUGAAGUGAACAAGGGCCUGAGAAAUGACCUGAAAGCUGCUUUGGAUAAGAUUGACCAACAAUAUCUGAACGAAAUUGUAGGUGGACAAGAAGCAGGAGAUGAUGACUCACAGAAUGACUUGAAAGUCCAUGAGGAGAAUACUACUAUUGAAGAGCUAGAGGCUCUGGGAGAAUCCUUAGGACAGGGUGAUGACCACUAUGAUAUGGACAUCAUAACAAAGUUCUUGAAGUUUCUUCUUGGAGUUUGGGCUAAGGAGCUGAAUGCCAGAGAAGACUAUGUGAAACGGGGUGUGCAGGGGAAGCUGAACAGUGCCACUCAAAAGCAGACAGAAUCAUACCUGAGGCCCCUCUUCAGAAAGCUUCGGAAGAGGACACUUCCUGCAGACAUCAAAGAAUCAAUAACAGAUAUUAUUAAAUUCAUGUUGCAAAGAGAAUAUGUGAAGGCAAAUGAUGCCUAUCUUCAGAUGGCUAUUGGAAAUGCUCCCUGGCCUAUUGGUGUCACCAUGGUUGGCAUCCACGCUCGAACUGGUCGUGAAAAGAUUUUCUCUAAGCACGUAGCCCACGUGCUCAACGACGAGACUCAAAGGAAGUAUAUUCAGGGGCUGAAGAGGCUCAUGACCAUUUGCCAGAAGCACUUCCCAACAGACCCAUCCAAGUGUGUGGAGUACAACGCAUUAUGAGGCUCUGCAGUGGCCAAGGUGUGACUCAUGCCAUGAUCUCCAAGACCCAGAGAGGACUGAGGAGACAGUUUGUGCUUUAACACCAGCAGGAUCCUAGGGUGGGCUUUGCAAGACACCAUAAAGCAGUGGAUUUUCUCCAGCUUCCUUUUUACGAUCCCCAUUUACUGAGAUUUGUUUUUAAAUCUAUGCUUUGUGCUGAACACCUCUGAUAGGGAGCAGGGCAGGGGGGUGGUCAAGGGGUUAUGAGCAGGACAAUGACCAUGACCUAUGCCAUUACUUCAAUUGGGUAUCCAAGGAACUGUACAGACUGAACUGCUUCCCAUGCCAUAGAGCUUUAGGUGAGACUCAGUUCAGCAAUGGAGCUUUCUUGGCUCCUUUUCCCUUGGAGACUUAUGUGGGGAGAUGAUGAGGGAAGCAGCUGAAUCUGAAUCUUGGUUAUUUCUGUAAAUACAAAGACUUCAAUGGCUAAUCUUUUCAUGUGGUAUUUAUCAGGAGGAAAAAAAAAGGGAGGUUUAU